AUGUCUCAUUAUCCUAAACACAAAUGUAUCACCUGCCAAAAAGUUAAAAAAGGCGGUCAACAAUAUUCUUCCCCCUCCGUCCAACAGCUCCAUCCUCACCGCUCACUCGCCUCUCCUUCACUCGUCUCCACCGCCUUCGCUAAGAUCGCCACCGUCACCCUCUCCCUAAGCCUAAGCUGAAGAAGCAGCACGCCUCCGCCAACUCCGCCUGAGCAAAAAUCGAUGGUGAAGAGGAAAUCCGGUGAGAUUAACAACGGUGAGCGGUUAGCGGCUCUGGCCAGACCAAAAAUCGAGAGUGACCCAACCAAUGACUAUCUAAUGUCAAAGUUUAGAUGGAGGAUUGAUAACUUCUCGCGUUUGGAUGUUGAGAAGCCUUACUCUUCAGUGUAUGACGUAAAUGAGUACAAGUGGAGGUUGCUGCUUUAUCCAAGGGGAAACGACACAGCUCAUUUGUCUCUGUACCUAGGUGUGCCUGACCUGCAUAGCUUACCCGAUGGUUGGCGUAUACCUACAAAGUUCAGUCUAGCCCUUCUUAACCAGCUAGACCCAAAGAAAACCAUCAAGAAAGAAACUAAACAUGCUUUCACUGCUCACGAGAGUGACUGGGGCUUCACUUCAUUCAUCCCACUUCGUGAGUUUCAUGACAAAGCUGAAGGUUAUCUUGUUAAUGAUUCAUGCCUGAUCGAAGCUGAAGUAUAUGUCCCUGAUGCUUCUUCAUGUGUGACGAACAUUGCUACUUCUCCUGUUUCCCCUUAUCAAGCUAUUGAUUCUUCUUCUGCUGUUGCUCUUGAUCCUGUGGAAUCUGUGUACUCCCGGGUUCAAUCUGUUCUCAAGUCACUACCCAAGUCACCGUCCAACUUAGCAUCCGGUGCUAUUCCAUGUGAAGUUCCUUUGCUUAAAGACCGUGCAACUUCUGCCAAAGAAAUCUUUGACAAGCUGAUAGCAUACCCUUUGGAGGACUUGGCUGAUCCUCAGCAUGAACCUGCAAUGUUGGAGUCGCUCUCCAUAAUCGCUAACAAUCUUUCUUUGUUCAGCAAUGAGCAGGCGGAAGAGAUUUUGAGCUUGAAUGUUUCUUUUCCUCAGAUGAUGCGGGAAUGGAGGGACUUGAGUAAAGUCAAGUGGGGCAGUGAGCAUCUUUGGGCUACUUUUGAGCAGACGAAGCGUUUUCUAGAGGAUUUAGUGAAAACGGAUGAAGGGAUAAAGAGAAAACUUGUGGGGCUAGUUAGGAGAGAAAAGGAAUUAAAAACUGAGCUGGAAGAAAUUGAAAGCGAUAUGCGGCAACUGAAGGUGGAAAGAGGAGAAGUGUCGAAACAGACUAAGAAAGUGUGUGCUCUUGCUGAGGAGCAGGCUUGCAUUAUUGAAGCAAGAGAGGCUGAGGUGGAUGGUGCUAACAAAAAGCUGGAGGGUUUGAAAUCCAAAUGGGAUGCAAUGAGACUUCGUCUACUUGCUUGAAAAGAAAAGAAAAACAGGCAGUGUCUAGCUAUUAAGAUUUACUUAGUGAAUUUGGGAAGAGUGAUACAAAAUGGUCAGAGUAUAUGGUUUCAAAACUCAAUUAGUCAAUUGUAGGUAUUGCUUAUUAACCUUAUUAAGAUGAUUAACC